AUUGCCAAAAGCUUGUCGCCAUCUUCUAAACAAAGCCUUAAAAACCGACCAUAUCGUAAUAACAUCACCGUUUUUAAAACAAUUAGGCACGCUGCGCAGCCUCACAUUCUAUUCUUAUUGCAUCAUUCUUCUCAUCUCUUACUUCUGCUUUCUUUUUUUUGCUAUAGGCUCCGAGAUUCUUUAAUUUGGAAAAGAUAGUCAUGUCUGUGAGAGUUGUCGCGCGGAUACGGCCGCUUCUAGAGAAGGAACUGGACAAGGAUGUGAUUGUACACGCUGCCAGCAACGAUGAUGGGAAAACAAGCAACGUCGUCAAAAUCCCUAAUCCAAAGAAUGAAUCAGAGGAGUUCUCUUUCACAUUUAACAGCGUAUACGACCAAUCGACAACUCAAGAGGAGCUAUUUACAGCAGAAGUCUCGCCCCAUCUUAAAUCCCUCUUCCAAGGCCUCGAUCUUACGAUAUUCGCUUAUGGCGUCACCGGAACUGGAAAGACUCAUACUAUGCGUGGUGGAUUAAAGCUAGCCGACCGUGGUGUUAUCCCAAGACUGCUUAGUGGUGUUUUUCGUAGAGCGAAGAAGAUUGCCAAAGAUUCCGAUGGCGCGACGACAGUGGGAGUUGCACUUUCAUACUACGAGAUCUACAAUGACAAGGUCUUCGAUCUGCUCGAACCCCUAGAAAAACGAACGCCAUCAGGUUUGCCUCUCCGCGCAGAGGCUAAUGGCAAAACAGUCGUUGCUGGGCUAUCUGAACGCCCUUGCCAGGAUCUGAAGGACUUCGAGAGGUUAUAUAUCGAGGCCAAUAAUAACCGCAUUACCGCAUCUACAAAGCUUAAUGCCCAUAGCAGUAGAAGCCAUGCUAUUUUGCGUGUCAAGCUUACCCAGACGACAGGAGAUAUGGUAAAGGAGAGCACAGCGUCUGCCAUUGACUUGGCUGGUUCGGAAGACAACCGACGGACAGAUAAUGACAAGGAGAGAUUGGUUGAAUCAGCUGCCAUCAACAAAAGCUUGUUUGUGCUGAGCCAGUGCAUUGAUGCUAUCUCAAGAGGAGAUCGUCGGAUACCCUUUCGGGAGUCGAAGAUGACGCGAAUCCUCUCGCUAGGCCAAAAUAACGGCAUUACCAUCAUGAUUCUCAACCUUGCACCGAUCCGAAGCUACCAUCUCGAUACUCUCAGCAGCUUAAAUGUUAGCUCGAGAGCUAAACGAAUCGAAGUCCGGGAGAUCGAAAACGAGGUUGUGUUCAAGCAGCCCCCUCGCUCUAGUUCCAACUCGAGCUCGGGAAUAACUCGACAGCCCUUACGGCCCCUUGCGAAUGCGCAUAACAUCCAUUCAGGGACAGCAGCAGCCAACAAGGCAGCAGACAAGCCGGAUCGCCCUGUCAAAGCGUUUAGCGUCUUUUCUGAUAAAUCUAAGCCCCAACCUUCGCGCCCGACAGCGAAUACCACAAUAAAGCGAUCAUCACCUUCGCAUAAACGCCCUUCAGAUUGCGAUAGUGGCAAUAGGCCGUCCAAGAUUACUCGUCCAGCGUUAAUACCUCGGUCGGCCAAACCUUUACAGGCUGCUCAACCAUCCAUAUCUGCUGACCAGAUAGAGGCAAUGGUAGAAAAGAAAGUUAGCGAAAUCCUGGCAUCUCGGACCCAGGCUGCUUCCGCACCACAGGAGAUUAACGAAGCCGUCCAAAGACGUCUGGAGGCUCUCGAGAAACGUAUCGAGAACGGGCGUCAAGACGACGCACGCUCCGAUGGCUUACGAUUCUUACUCAUGGCGCGGCAACAUAAAGAGCGAGGCGAAGAUGCUAGCGCUCUCAAGAUGUACGAGAUGGCACUACCCUAUUUCCCGGGCCAAGCCAAGCUGCUGGGGAAGAUCGAGAAGCUAAAGGCACGAUUACAAGCCAAGCGUGAGGUUCCCGGUGAAAUGGGAGCCGAAGCUAACGAAGACCUCGUCGUGAAGAGACAUAAGAAGCUCGCCCAACAGGUCAUUCGCGACUCGGAUUACAACGGCGCGGAGGCGGAUGAUGACGAGGAGAGCUAUAUAGGCAAAGGUCGUAAGCAGACCAAGAAGUCCAAGACUACAAAGGCCCCCGGAGGCGGGGUUUCCGCAGUAGAAGACGAGUCCGUGUCGCAGAAUUUGCUGGAAAUUGUGAAUUCGCGAAAUCUCGCUCUGAUUAUGAAGUUACAGGGCUUUGGGCCCAAGAAGGCACGGGAUCUGGUAGAUUACCUAGAGGAAGGGGAUGGCGGUCGCAUCAACUCGCUAGAACAGCUUAGAGCGGUCCCCGGGAUGGGCCGCACGGUAGAUCGCGCUUAUGAAGGCUUGCUUACAUCUUCCGGCAUCACAUGUUAAGGAGGCAUUUUGUUCGGUCUGGUCACCUUUAAACUAUAUAUUCAUCGGCUGGUGGUUCUCUGUAUUCUCUGCAUUCAGGCUUGGGCUGAACCAAGUUUGCAUAGGCGUGGCGUUUGCGUUAUAAGGAAGGGUGAGCAUUUGCCAGGGUUACAAAUACUGAUUUCGAUUAUUAUUAUUGUUGUUGUUUCCUGCCAAAAAAAAAAUCUUUGCAUGUUUUGGAGGAACAUAUGAAUGCCGAUGGGAGAGAGGUACCUAAUCGGUAGGUCCAAGAUUUUAGUGGAAAGGUCCGGAGAGAUGUUGGUGAAGAGGAGGAAGGACUGCGAGUAGAUAGGUGAAAUAUAUAGGUACCUCAGGUUGAUUUAUCAGUUGGCUGUGUUGCAAGUUACAAUUUCCAUGACCUCAGCUGGACUACCUAGCUUGUACCCAUGUACCUAUCCUAGACUACCCAUGCACAGCGAUAUAUAGAAAUAGUGCACAAGCCACAUCCAUCA